AUGCACCGGCCGGGCAAAACAAUCCCUCAAGCAGACUUUCUUUCACGAUGGUCCAAAUUCGCGGCAGCUAAGAAAUGCUAUUUCAUUGCUACUGCCUCACUAGUAUCAGGAGAGGAACUACGCCGAUAUACCAAACGAUACUAUGCAGCAAACAUCACCGCACUAUCCAAAGGAUGGCGUCCGUACGUAAAACUGAAGUUCGCGGCAUUCUACGCUCAUCGGGAAGAAAUCAGCGUACAAACUGAUGGAAUACUCUGCCGUAACGAUGGGCUGUUUAUUCCACCUCCGCUACGCAAGGUAGUGCUAAAAGAUUUGCACAAGAGCCACUUUUCUAUUCGCUAG